AUGACCAUCCGUAAGCUGAGACUCGGCAGCGUCACAACCCUCGCCGUCCUGCUGCUGCUGCCAGUCAGCACCUCAGCUUAUAUCUGGGGCGACAACAUCACUUACCACCGACCGAAGGAAUGGACACCCGAUAACGUCUGCGACACCAUCCCGCUCGUCGGCGACAACGACGGCCGCGGCCCCGAAAAGACCUGCGCAUACGUCAAAAACGCCCCUCGUCGUGACCGCCCACAAGACGGAACACCCCUAGGCAUAAACGGCGGAGAAUACAUAACGACUUGGGAACCUGGCUCAGGAGGGCCAAAGACUUCAAGAUGCUAG